UGUACUCUUCACUCCCCAUUCGUCAUCAUUUGGUCCCUUCGUGUGACUUGGGCUGCCGACUCCACAGCUAUAAUAACAUCUCUCUCUUUCCUCCCUUCUCAAUUCUCUCCUCUCCUCUCCUCUCCUUUCCUCUCUCCAUUCCAUCACCAACCUCCAUCCAUGGUCUCCGAGAAGAUCCACACCAAGCACGUCUGUGUGAUCGGCGGUGGGCCAUCAGGGCUGGUCGCCGCAAGGGAGCUAAGGAAAGAAGGCCACUCAGUAGUGGUCAUUGAACAAAACCAUGACAUUGGUGGACAAUGGCUGUAUGAUUCAAGUGUUGUUGCUGGAAGCAGCGAAGACGCCUUAGGGAAGGGCAGCUACCUCAAAGUACAUAGUAGCAUUUACGCCUCCCUUCGUCUCACUUCCUCCAGAGAGAUCAUGGGCUUCACAGACUUCCCGUUCCUCAUUAAGAAGGGAAGAGACAUGAGGAGAUUUCCUGGCCACCAGGAACUCUACUUGUACCUUAAAGAUUUCUGCGAACGGUUUGAAUUAAGGGAUCUGAUCAGGUUUAAUAUGCGGGUCCAGUACGUGGGCAUGCUGAAUUAUACUGAGUUUGGGGAGGAUUUGAAGUGGGUUGUUAGAGCCAUAGAGAAGAAGGGUGAGAAGGUGAGCGAAGAGGUGUUUGAUGCUGUGGUUGUGGCCACUGGCCAUUACUCACAGCCCAGGUUACCCACCAUCAAAGGUAUGGAUGCAUGGAAUAGGAAGCAAAUCCAUAGUCAUGUUUACAGGGUUCCACAGCCCUUCCAUAACGAGGUGGUGGUUGUCAUUGGAAACUCACUAAGUGGACAAGAUAUAUCGAUGGAGCUUGUGGAUGUAGCAAAAGAAGUUCAUCUCAGCGCCAAGUCUCUUGAAAUAUCAGAGGGAUUAUCAAAAGUCAUUUCAAAAUAUCAUACUCUACACAUUCAUUCACAGGUGGAUUCCCUUCAUGAGGAUGGACGGGUUUUGUUCGUUGAUGGCUCUUGUGUUGUCGCCGACUCCAUCAUUUAUUGUACAGGGUAUUCAUAUUCAUUCCCAUUCCUUGACACCAAAGGGAUUGUAGUGGUGGAUGAUGAUAGAGUCGGCCCUUUGUUUGAACACACGUUCCCUCCAUCACUCGCUCCAUCUCUUUCUUUUGUGGGCAUUCCCAGAAAGAUCAUAGGGUUUCCUUUCUUUGAAUCUCAAGCAAGAUGGAUAGCUCAGCUGCUCUCUGGGAAAAGAACAUUGCCAUCAUGGGCUGAUAUGAUGAAGUCCAUCAAGGAGUUUUAUCACGCAUUGGAUGUAGCUGGCAUUCCAAAGCACAAAACACACGAUAUCGCCAACUUUGAUUACUGCCUUCGAUAUGGAGAAUACUCCGACUUCCCAGAUGUAGAACAGUGGAGAAAAGAUAUUGUUCUAGCCACUUUGAAGAAUGCAGAAGAAAAUCUAGAAACCUAUCGUGAUUCAUGGGAUGAUGAAGAACUGCUUCAGGAGGCUCUCCAUAGCCCUCAUUUCAGACAGCUUGGGCCUGAAGCCUUUUCUCUUUAAGAUUCGUACCUUUUCUACGUAUUGCUUUCAUUAAAUUAUAAUAUUACCAUUAUUUAUACAUCUUCGAUGGAUGCAAAUUCAUUGACUCUGAAAAAUUGGAGAGAGAGAGAGAGAGAGAGAGAGAGAGAGAGAGAGAGAGUAUGUAACUUUUAUAUAUAGUGAACAUAUAGGUGAUAUUUCUUCA